AUGUGAGGCAAAUACUUUGCCCCGAGUUACAACAAUCAACAAUGCCCUCGCAUCAAGAAAGAUAAACAACUGCAACGUCGCACAGAUAAAAUGGUAGACCAGGGUCGAAAAGGCUUCCCCCGGGUGCACCGCUACAUCACCACGCACAACCACGAUGGCGAGGCAGUCUUCCUCUCGUCAUGCCAGGUGCCAGAAUGCGCACCUUUUCGCUCCGCAGGGGAGGACGGCGAGCUAGCCCUGCUCUACUCAACCGACACAUUCCCCGUGCAAUGCCAGGACGAGCUUGACGUAGCCGUCUACGACUCGAGUCUGCACAUGCCGCCCGGCAUCACGCCCGAGAACGGCACGGUGUUCCGGGUCAUCGACAUGCAGCCGCUCAAGGAGACGCCCAUGCACCGUACCGUGACGGUGGACUACAGCGUGGUCCUCGAGGGCGAGGUCGAUCUGGUGCUGGACAGCGGUGAGAAACGCACGCUGCGGCAGGGCGACGUGGCGAUCCAGCGUGGCACGGCACACUCGUUUCGCAACCGCAGCUCCUCGAACUGGUGCCGGCUGCUGUUUGUGUUUAUGCCCAUGCAGCAGCUAACUAUUGGGGGAAAGAAGAUGGAGGAAGAGUGGUAUGAUGAGCGGUAUGAGACCAAGGAUGAGCAGGAGAUGAAGGAGCAGCUGGGGUAUCACGAUUAG